AUGGCUAAUUCGGAUUCAGUAGUUGAAUUCAAUAUAGGUCAAAGGGAUGGAAGAGAUGUAGAAGGAUCCCCACAUAGGCGCAUAUGUAAUCCUGCAAAUAACGAGGAUGGAGAAAGAAUUCCAGAUCGACGACACUGUUGCCGUAGCAACAGAUCGUCGAUAAGCAUUAAUCCUGAUAAAUUUGAUGGUGAAGAUGACUGGGAGCAAUAUAUUUCCAACUUUGAAGACUGUGCCGAAUUGGGACAAUGGACAGAAAAGGAGAUGCUGCUGACCCUUUCGGCAUGCCUUAAAGGACAAACACGUGCCUUUUACACAAGUCUUGCACAACGUGAAAAACGCACAUAUGGAGAUCUUACCUUUGCACUUGAGCAGAGGUUUGGCAGUGCAAGACAGCAGUCUCGGUGGUUAACAAAAUUCCAAACUCGUCUUAAGUUGGUGGGCGAAUCAGUAGCAGCUUUUGGAGACGACCUCCGUCUAUUAGCCAGAAAAGCUUAUGAUAAUCUUGAGCCGGAAGCUCAAGAAAUGUUAGCCUUGCAGCAAUUCAAUAAGGCUUUGUCAGUGGAAAUGAAAUGCCGAGUAAUGGAUCGGGAUUGUAAGACCAUUACAGAAGCAGUAGAAGUUGUUGAACGCUAUCAGGAUCUGCUCGGUGAAUCAAACCAAGAGAGAAGAAGAAAUAUAGUAAGGCAAGUUGGAAAUACAGGUGAUGAUGGAAGAGUUAAAAUGCAAGAUGAUUACAAAGAGAGAAGAGUUAGCUGGAGAGAUAAGGAUACAAGACAAAAUGACGGCAUAUAUAGAACUUUGAAAUCUAUUCAAAUAAGGCUAGAUAGAAUCGAGAGAGGGUCACAGGCUAGAAAUAGAGACACCCCUAGGAGAUGUUACAAUUGUCAGUCACUUGAUCACAUCUCAUGGAGCUGCCCAGACAGACACACUCAGAGCAAUGGUGAAAGGUCAUCCAGAACUGCUAGGAUUGGUAAGCUUGGAAAUAACAGUUCAAAAUUUGAUAAUGGACUAUUUGUAAAUGGGAAAAUAGAUCAGACACCAGUAGAUUUUCUUGUCGGUACUGGAUCAACUGUUACACUGAUCUCAAAAUCUAAAUUUGACCAAUUAAAUCGUCAACACUUACCUGCUAGCAGCACUAACAUUCAAGGUGUUGAUGGGACAAAAAUCAACGUAUAUGGGCGUGAUACUUUUGUUAUUACCAUAGGAGAUGCUGAAGUGAAACACAACGUCAUUGUCUGUGAUAUGGCUAUGGAAGGGAUAAUCGGGCAAGAUUUCAUCAUGAAACAUGUUAAAAGCUGGGACAUGGACAAUCUUAAAUUAAAACUUAGGUCUGGAGAGAACGUUCAAUGUGUAACACAGAGUGAAGCUGAGCGUGUGUGUAGAAUAAUUGUAACUGGAACUCUAGAAAUACCACCUAACUCAUAUGGAUAUGUCAAAGUGACAAUUCCCAAUUCAGAACACUUAGCUAAAACAGGUUAUGUUGAAAACUGUGAAUAUGGUAUUGAAGACAAAGAUUCUGUUAGUUUGACUGAAGGUGUUGUAGAUCCACACAGGACAGAACUUGGUGUAGGUGUUGUAAAUAAUAGUGACACGACUACUGUAUUACAUCCUGGACUAGGACUAGGAUUUUGCAAGUCAUCAUAUGAGGAAUGUGAAAAUGAAGUUGCAGACUGUGCAAAUAUUACAGAAGAUAAUACAAGUGAUCAAGAAAGUCAACCUGUUCCUGAAUACUUGAAAGAGUUGUUCGAGAAGAGCUCAGUGCGUUUAAAUGAGGACGAAAAACCACACCUUGCCGCACUCCUUAACAAAUAUAAAAGUAUCUUCGUAACAUCAAGUGAUGAGUUAAGAUGCACAGAUAAGGUCAAACAUAAGAUUUAUACUGGAUCUGCUCAGCAUGUCAAACAGGCUCCGAGGCGACAACCUCUUGGAAAGCGUGUAAAUGAAAAGGAGGAAGUUGAGCGUAUGCUGGAGAAGGGGAUAAUCGAACCAUCGAGCAUCUCCGAAGAUGGUAUUAGCACUGAUGAUAGUAAAACAGAGGCAGUCAGAAAUUGGCCCAUACCAGUAAAUGCUAAGCAAGUAAGAAGCUUUCUCGGUUUAGCAGGCUACUAUAGAAAAUUUGUGAAAGGGUAUGCUGAAAUUGCGAGACCAUUGCAUAGAUUAUGCGAGAAGAAAGCGAAAUUCCUAUGGACAGAGGACUGUCAAAAUUCUUUUGAAGACUUGAAUGAGGCACUAACCACUGCACCAGUACUCUCUUAUCCAAAACCAGAAUGUCAAUUCAUCUUGGACACAGAUUCCUCUGAUAAUUCAACAGGUGCUAUCUUGUCUCAAGUAAUUGAUGAUAAAGAGCAUGUAAUAGCAUAUAUGUCCAAGAAAAUGAACAAACACGAGCAGCAGUACUGCAUCACACGAAAAGAACUUCUUGCAGUUGUUCGAGCACUUAAACAAUUUCAUCAUUACCUGUAUGGCCGUGACAUACUCCUAAGGACCGAUAACUCUGCAGUUAGCUGGAUGCGUACUUUGAAAUCACCAAAUGGUCAAACAGCGCGUUGGCUCCAAGAGUUAGAAACUUACAACCUAACUGUUGUGCAUCGGCCUGGCAGACAACACAGCAAUGCCGAUGCACUUUCGAGGGUACCAUGUACAUCUUGUAAAAGACAGCAGGAAAUCAAUAUGACCAAUGAAGAAGUUGCUCACGAAAUCACCUCACCUGAAUCCAAUUGCGAAAAGCUAAACGAUAAGAACAAUCCCCCUGAAGAAGAUGAUGAAUUGACACGUGAUACCACAAGAAGUGAGAACGACAAAGCCGUGGCUAAUGAAAUCAGACCUCAUCAAAUGCUUUUAGAUGGAUGGAGUCCAACUGAUAUUCGAGCUGAACAGGCUGCCGAUGCAGAUAUAUCAAAAGUUUUUGCAGCCAAAAUUUCUAGCAGUGCCCGCCCACAGUGGUCUGAAGUUUCAAGUGGUACAUCAGUAGCUAAAACGCUUUGGCGUCAAUGGGACAGAUUAGAAAUCAAAGGUGGCAUGCUCUAUCGUAAAUUUGCCAAUAAUGACGGUUCUAUAACAUGGCAGUUAGUUGUGCCAAAACGUAGGCAAGACGAGGUAAUGCACUAUAGUCACGAUAUUCCGUCAGCCGCGCAUUUAGGCUCUGACAAGACCCUAAACAAGGUCAGGCAAAGUUUUUACUGGCCUGGUGUUACAGAGAGUGUAAAAAAAUUUUGUCAGCUAUGUGACACAUGUACAGCCCAUAAAUUAUCCAAAGAAAAAACUAAAGCCCCAUUGGGACAAUAUAUAGUGGGUGAACCAAUGGAACGUGUUGUAAUGGAUAUUCUUGGUCCCCUUCCCCAAACAAAUAACGGUAACAGGUUUAUAUUAGUGAUCUCAGACUGGUUCACUAAAUGGGUAGAAUGUGUACCAAUUUCAAAUUAA